AUGUUUCCUAGUGGGAAUUAUUUUUGUGUUACUUAAGCGAUAGUGUACAGUGUAAUAUACAGUGCAAGUCAGGUCACAUGCACUGAACAGAAUGUUUUCAUUGAAGGGUCUAGUCAAGCAAAGUACUUAUUCACUCGGUCAUGUUGUCAAACGAGGAACAUUUUGCCAACAAGCACGCUCCAGGUUAGUUCUAGGCAUCGAGACAAGCUGCGACGAUACAGGAGCAGCUGUCGUGAAUGAGACGGGUUUGAUUCUCGGGGAGUCACUGCAUUCUCAAAAAGAGGUCCAUCUGCAAGCAGGUGGGGUCAUACCAGCUGUUGCCCAGCGACUCCACAGAGAGAACAUAUUCAGAGUUGUUCGGGAGGCGAUAGACCGGAGUGGCGUCUCCCCAAGUGAACUUUCAGCCGUUGCAACAACUGUUAAGCCAGGUCUGUCCCUAAGCUUAGGAAUUGGCUUGGAAUUCAGUCUGGCCUUCGUAAAGCAGCACCAAAAACCCUUCAUCCCUAUCCAUCACAUGGAGGCCCACGCUCUCACCGUACGGAUGCUGGAGCCCGUUGAAUUUCCUUUUCUGGUCCUUCUCAUCUCAGGGGGUCAUGGCCUUUUGGCCCUGGCCAGGGACAUUGAUGACUUCCUUCUCUUAGGGCAAUCCACAGAUGAAGCACCAGGGGAUAUUUUAGACAAGGUAGCUCGAAGACUGCACUUAAAAAAUCAUCCGGAGUGUUCUACAAUGAGUGGUGGACAGGCAAUUGAACACUUAGCCAAGCAAGGCAACAGACGUAAUUUUCUGUUGACGACACCGAUGGGACAAGUCUUCGACUGCAAUUUCUCUUUUGCUGGUCUACGGACCCAGGUGUCAGUGGCCAUAGACAGGAAAGAAAUUGAUGAGGGAGUGAAGUCAGGAGAACUACUUUCAUGUGUCAACGACAUUGCUGCUGGCACACAGCACACAGUGGCCUCCCACAUCGCUAAACGCACACAUCGGGCUAUUCUGUUCUGCAAAGCUAGAGGCCUGUUGCCUCAACACAGUCCUACUCUGGUUGUGUCUGGAGGGGUGGCGAGUAACACAUACAUCAGGGAGACUCUGAAAAUUGUCACAGACGCCACAGGGCUGCAUUUACUCUGCCCUCCAUCCAAGUUUUGCACCGACAAUGGAGUCAUGGUUGCAUGGAAUGGAAUUGAAAAGCUAAGAGCGGGAAGGGGCAUUUUGUCAUAUACAGAGGAGGUCCGCUAUGAACCAAAGGCUCCCCUAGGUAUUGACAUUUCAACCCAGGUGAAGGAUGCUGCAAUCAGAGUCCCACCUUUAAAACUGAGAGUAAAAAACUAACAGUUAUUAUGUACAAAUGUAUUUUCCAUUUUAUAAGGAACAAUAAUACCAUCUGUGUUAUUUAUUCAAACUCUCAAACUCAAACUCGGAUUUCGAUGUCAUCUAUCCUUAUCUCCACAUGGAUGUGGAGAUGCUUCAGUUGUGUGAGUCUUAGUUCUCAUACGCAUCAGUUCUAUGAUGUUCUUCAUGGUUAAAAUGUUGGUUCUCCGUGUAGCACUGAGCUGUAGCAGAGGGACUCGUCAGAGCCUGGGUCUCUCCUGCGUAGGUCGUGAACUGUGUGAAGUCCCUGCUCUGACUGUGGCUGACCUGCUCUUCGCCCUGUGGAGCUGAAGUACUGGGGCAGACCUGGUCCUCUCAAAGCAAACCUUAGAGCCCAACAGGCCGGUUGUGUCACUCAGCCGUUUAGACAUGCCUUGUUGAGAGAGGAGAACCACACAUAUUAAUUGAGGUCAUUCUUAUGUACUUCAAUUAUUAAAAUAAUUUUUGCACUUGGUUAUUUAGGAUUUUGCAAUUAGUUAUGUCAAAUAAAUGCAAUACUAUUUGAUUGGA